AUGUUUGGGGCCAAGAGGAAAGCGCGCAAGGUCCGGGUGUCAGAGGGCAACGAGGACCUUGCUGACCCUGCGUCUGCCCCCGAGGAGCCCAUGAACGAUGCUCCUGACCCAAGCCCACCCUCUGUCAAGUUCACAAGAAAGCCCUUCAAAGGGUCCUCGCUCCGAAAGAGCAUCAACGUCAACGAUGAUGGCGACUCUGGUGGACUGAGUGGCUCGACCGCGACAUCGGCAGCCGCGGAAGAAGACGAUGACGAUGGCCCAGCGGUGGUCCGUCCAGCGGUCAGCCGGUCAGGAUCUACGAAGUUGAAAAAGAAAGCCUCGUCGUCGCGGCUGUCCUUUGGCGUGACAGACACCGCGGACGAUGGCCCAGGACCCAAAAGCCAACAGCCCAUCACACCCAAGAAGACAAGCAGCCUCUCCCAGCGAGCCACUGAGAACAACGCCUUGCGAUCCUCACUGUCGAAUCGUAAACUGCCCACGCGAUCCUUCGGACCGGAAGCAGAUGAGACCUCCUACAGCAAGGAGUACCUAGAGGAGCUGCAGUCCUCGACGCCGAACACUCCACAAAACAUCGCUUCUUUGCGCAUACACGACGACGACGCCGGCGCAACCACAGGCGGGGAGGCAAUGGACCUGGACCCCUCGGAGCUCGAGGGCGCCGUGGUCGUGCCGCAAGCCGACCUCUCCAUGUCCACGUUCAGCACAACAAGCCACAUCCCCUCGGCAGUCGAGAUCCGCGCAAAGAAAGAGCGACGGGCGCGGCUUGCUCAAGAAGGCGACGCGUACGACGAGGACGAGGACGACGACUACAUAUCCCUCGCCCCCAAGAAGAAAAAGGACGAGACCCGGCUGAUCGCCGAGGACGAGGACCUCGGCGAGGGCUACGACGAGUUCGUCGAGGACGCGCGGCUGGAGCUGGGGAAGAAGGGCGAGAGGGAGGCGGCGCGGCGGCACCGGCGCGAGAUGGCGGAGCUGAUCAACGCGGCCGAGGGCGGCGGUUCGGACGGCGAGGAUGGCGCAGAGGACGUGGACUCGGACGCCGAGCGGACGGCGGCGUACGAGGCCGCGCAGACGCGGGCCGCCAUGGGCGGGCAUCACCUCGUCGACGAAGGCGGCGGCGGGGCCGGAGGGGCCGGGCUGGUCAUACCGCGGAUGAGGGCUCUCCCCGAGCUGGGCGAGUCUCUGGCGCGGAUGCGCAGCUUGGUACAGGGCGUGGAGGAGCAGGCCGCGGCGAAGCGGAAGCGGAUCGAAGCCCUGGAACAGGAGAGGCAGGAGAUUGUCGCCAGGGAGGCAGAGGUCCAGCAGGUGUUGAACCAGGCCGGGGUCAAGUACCAGUCGGCCAUGGGGAUCAAGCAGGAGAGUGUGGUCGAUCCCUUAAAACUGGCGGCAGAGUCACCCCUGCGUGCUGCGUCAGGAGCGGCCACAAUCCCGCCAGCGGAGAGAGGCCUUGAGAGCUUUGGAACGCCCUCGCGGAGGCAGGAAUAUGACGAAGAGAUGGCCGACUGA